AACGAUAAGAUGUUAAGCGAGAAGCUCCUGAAUGUGCAAUUCACCAUCAAGAUCCAGAGAACGCUCCCGACGGAGCAGAGGGACUGGGUACGCUUGCGCUCUUCGCACACCCCUGUCGUAGAAGAGGAAGUGAGGUCACAGGAGGAAGGAGCUCCUAAACAACGGGCCAAAGGGAACCAGAAGGCAGCAGAACAUCAACAUGGCAUAGAUGAGACAGGGGUGGAGAGGAGAGUCCAGGAGCAUCACCAACACCUACAGCUCUCAAACACUGUCAAUAAGGUCAAAUACUCUAGGAAAGAGGCAAGGGGGAAAGUUUCAGCAGUAAAGGCAACCCUGCCCAAAGUUACACUGGGUAAUGAUAAGUUGCAUUUGGGGGUUCCUGGGUCUGUGGUUCUCCAGCUGGGCCACCCAGCUAUCAGAGCAGUAUCCACCCUGCCUCACAAACCUCCCCAGCUCCCCUCAACCAAUCAGCUGAAGAGUAGAAACAGCCCUGCCACUUUAGGCACCAACUCUGUAGUUGAAGGGGUGAUAAGCGAUUUAAAUCCGGAAGUCGCCACCGCCACCUGUCGGCCGAAGAACCAUAUCGUCUUUCUCAAGACGCACAAAACGGCCAGCAGCACCAUCCUGAACAUCUUAUAUCGCUAUGGCGACAGCCGCAAUCUGACCUUCGCCCUUCCGCUGAACAAGCACAGCCAGCUAUUCUAUCCCUUCUUCUUCGCCUCACACUUUGUGGAGGGAGUGAGGAGCCGCAGUGUCAAAGAGUUCCACAUUAUGUGCAACCACAUGAGGUUCAGACCACCAGAGGUGAGUUCUAUCGUCAUAGCACAGGAGGUUGGUAGCACCUUAAUUGGGGAGGACUGGCUUGUGGCAAUGGCUGGAGCAGAAUGGUAUCAAAUACAUCAAACACAUGGUUUCCAUGUGUUUCGAUGCCAUUCCAUUUGCUCUGUUCUGGCCAUUAUUAUGAGCCGUCCUCCCCUCAGCAGCCUCCACUGCAUUAUAGGUAAUAUCGAAGUUCAGACUAACACAAGUUGAAUUUUACUAUCUUUUCCCCAGAAAAAAUAUGAUUAUUUUACCAAUAAUUGUUCAAUUAUGACACACCACCAAGGCAUCACUAACACAUUUUGUUCUUAUUUUGGUAUUUUCCCUUUGUCUCUCAGGUGAGGAAGGUGAUGCCCAAGGACACGUUUUACUUCUCCAUCCUGAAGAACCCCGUUGCGAUGAUGGAGUCCAUCUUCACCUACUACAAGAGCAUCCCCGCCUUCCACAAGGCCCACAGCCUGGACGACUUCCUUGACAAUGGUUGGCGUGAUUACAACACGUCCCUGCCCAACAACCAUUACGCCCGUAACAUCCUGACCUUUGACUUUGGCUUCGACAACAACGUCGCCACAGAGACGCCCGGAGACCUGGAGACGCGGGCCGCCACAGCCAUUGGCGCCAUUGAGCAGGACUUCCACCUCAUCCUCAUCUCAGAGUACUUUGACGAGUCCAUGAUCCUGCUCAAGCGCGCCCUCUGCUGGUCUCUGGAUGACGUCGUCUCCUUCAAGUUGAACAGCAGGAGCGAGCGCGCACGUCACAUGCUCUCCCCGCACACUGCCGACAAGAUCAGAGCCUGGAACGGCCUUGACUGGCGGCUUUACCUGCACUUUAACGCCACCUUCUGGCGACACGUGGACACUACGGUGGGGCGUGAGGCGAUGAGGCGGGAGGUGACUCGGCUGCAGGAGCGACGUGCCGAGCUAGCCAAAACCUGCCUGAAGGAUGGUGGUGCAGUGGACCCGUCGCAGGUGAAGGACGCCGGGCUGAAGCCCUUCCAGUACGGGGCAGCCAUAAUCCAGGGCUACAACCUGAACCCUGGGCUGUACGGGCCCACCAAAACACGCUGUCAGAACCUGGUCACUCCUGAGCUGCAGUACACAGACACUCUCUACACCAAGCAGUUCCCUGAGCUUGCCGCCAGGCAGAGACAGGCCGCCAAACUGGCUGCCUCACAGCGUCAGCCUGGUCCAGCCAAGGUCAGCCCGAACAAAGCAGCCAUGCCUGGGCCGGUGAGGGUGAGGGAGGCCCGACACAGUAGGACAGCCAGGAGUGGACCCAGAAACCCUAAUGCUCAGAACCAAAAUGACCUACCCCCAAGUGCCCUGUCUAAAAUCACUGCAGCUAGAAGUGACAGAAACAUGCCUUGAUGGGGGGGCUCUUUCAACACAGACUAUGGGACUAGUGGGAUGAUCCACAGGAGCUCAUUGCUGCUAAGUACUGUUUUUUAAGCUGAACAGCCAAUGGCUAUGUUUUGUCUGUGCAGUGAGGACGUUUCGCUGCACAUUAUGCUUACUCUGGCUGGCUGCAGUGCAUAGGACCAGUUGACUGACUUUGGCUGCACUAGGAUAAGCUCUAGUGUUUCUACCCAACGAUGCUGGACCUGUGUGGGUGGAGGGGAUGGAUUUGGGGGAGGAAGAGGAGGAAGAGUAGGAAGGAGAGGGAGAGUGCACCUGGGGUGACUAUCCUGCCUUGACUGGUUAGACUGGAAGUAGCCUUCGUGGCACACAUCUCCUAAACCCUCUCAUCUAAUCUCUCCCCUUGAUCUUGUCACACACACUGAGGUUUAGAAUUUGAACCCUUGGGGUGUACUAUAGUUUCAAUGGGACAUACUUGGUCCCAUUGAUUAAAUUGAUUGGGGUUGGGUAAGGCCUGUAGUACAGUCUGUCUGCUAACACCAAAAGACAAGCAAUACCUCCACUUUACCGUAUGUGCUCUCAUUUAGACAGGAAAUAUCUCAGGACUCAUUUCUCUGAGUUGAUCUAAACUUUACUCAGAGAUAAGGUGGCUCAAUUUGGAGGUGAAUAAAAUACAUGAUGCUAUGGUAAACAUGUAGAC